GAUCAAAAACAAAACCAUCCUCACUCUCCCCUGCUGCCAGCCAACCAAGCUCCAAGCUCCAAGCACGCACAGCCACUCAGCCACACCACACCAAGAUCAUGGCCGGCGUGAACUCCAGCGUCGUCGGACUCAAGCCCGCCGCGGCAGUGCCCCAGGCCGCCGCCGCCGCCGCCUCGUCGCAGGCGAAGCGGGUGCAGCUGGUCGCGCCCGAGGGCCGCCGCGCCGCGCUGCUCGGCCUGGCGGCCGUCUUCGCCGUCACCGCCACCACCGGAUCGGCCAAGGCCGGGAUCAUCGACGAGUACCUUGAGAAGAGCAAGGCCAACAAGGAGCUGAAUGACAAGAAGAGGCUGGCCACCAGCGGCGCCAACUUUGCGCGCGCCUACACCGUCGAGUUCGGCAGCUGCACGUUCCCCUACAACUUCACUGGGUGCCAGGACCUCGCCAAGCAGAAGAAAGUGCCCUUCAUCACCGACGACCUCGAGAUCGAGUGCGAGGGGAAGGAGAAGUUCAAGUGCGGCUCCAACGUUUUCUGGAAGUGGGGUGAAGCAAAAUGAGGAGGCGACCUGGUGGUGUACAUGUACGUGUGUGUGUACCUAGAUGUGCGCCCAAACUGCAGGAAGAAUUUGGAUGUGUAAUUGUGGUCAGUGUAUUUGUGUCAUCUCAUCAUCUGAUUGAUCAUCAUGAACCUCUUGCAUUAAUUGGGGAGAGUGAAUUAUAGUAUUUUGUCCUU